AUGGCCAACCUUGCAACGUUCCGUAUACCGGAGGUCAAGAAUGAGCCUAAUGUAGCAUACGAGAAGGGCUCCGAAGCCCGUCAAAAGCUGUCCGAAGCAAUGCAAUCCUACAAGUCCAAAGCACCUCAAGACAUACCGAUCGUGGUCGCCGGCAAACAGACAAAGACACAAAAGAUCACACACCAACCCUACCCAGCCAACCACAAAGACUCGCUCGCAGCAUGGUCGAGUGCAUCCUCCGACGACGUCUCCAACGCCAUCGAGUCAGCCCUUGCAGCGAAGCCAGCAUGGGAGAACCUCAGCUUUGCCGACCGAGCAGCAGUCUUCUUGAAGGCUGCUGACCUGAUCAGUGGGAAGUACCGCUACGAGCUGAACGCACUUACCAUGCUUGGGCAAGGCAAGAAUGCUACACAGGCAGAGAUUGAUGCCGCGGCAGAGACGUGCGAUUUCCUGCGGUUUGGCGUCCAGUACGCGCAAGAGAUGUAUACACACCAGCCAGUACACAAUGCUCCCGGCAUCUGGAACAGGCUGGAAUAUCGGCCGUUGGAGGGAUUUGUGUAUGCCAUUUCACCAUUCAACUUCACGGCUAUUGCUGGCAAUCUGCCUGCUGCACCGGCAUUGAUGGGCAACGUGGUUGUGUGGAAACCUUCCCCGUCUGCGAUGGCGUCCAAUUGGCUGCUGUACAACAUCUUCCUCGAAGCUGGCCUACCUCCGAACGUCAUCCAGUUCGUUCCCGGUGACCCUGUUGAGGUGACACAGGCCGCUCUGGCACAUAAACAAUUCGCGGCACUCCACUACACUGGCUCAACCGCCGUCUUCCGAGACCUGUACAAGCAGAUUGCGGUCAACGCUGCUGAAGGCAAAUACCGCGGCUACCCGCGCGUCGUCGGCGAGACUGGCGGGAAAAACUACCAUGUUGUUCACAAGAGCGCCGACGUCGAGAACGUCGUCAUGAACACCGUCCGCGGCGCCUUCGAAUACCAAGGCCAGAAGUGCAGCGCAACAAGCCGAGGAUACUUCCCCAAGAGCCUCUGGAACCAAAUCAAACCCCGCCUCGUCGAAGAGACCAAGAAACUCAAGGUCGGCUCACCCGAACAGUUCGACAACUUCAUCGGCCCCGUCAUCCACCAGCAAAGCUUCAACAAACUCUUCAAAGUCAUCGACGACGCCAAAAACGACUCCGAACUCGAAUGCAUCGUCGGCGGCUCCUACGACGGCAGCGAAGGCUUCUACAUCCACCCUACCAUCUACGUCACCACCAACCCGCACCACGAACUCAUGAGCCGCGAGCUCUUCGGCCCCGUCAUGACUAUCUACGUCUACGACGACGCGCCCGCGCAAGCCUUCGCGGACAUCUGCAAGACGUGCGACGAGACGUCCGACUACGCGCUCACCGGCGCCGUGUUCGCGCAGGACCGGGAAGCGCUGCGUUUUGCGGAGGAGGCGCUGAGGAACUCGGCGGGGAACUUCUAUCUCAACUGCAAGUCUACUGGUUCCGUUGUGGGACAGCAGCCUUUUGGUGGCGCGAGGGCGAGCGGGACGAACGAUAAGGCGGGUUCGGCGAAUUUGCUGUCGCGGUUUGUGUCGAUGCGGGCGAUUAAGGAGGAUUUCGUGGGGUUGAGGGAGGUGUUGUAUCCGAGUAAUGUUGUCUAG